ACCUACUAGCUCGACCAGUUAGAAGUCAGUGUGUGUAAGCCGGCCGGUCGUGCCGGCUUCUUUUCUGCCUCUGCUCUGUUGCACCUCCGUUUUUCGAAAAAUCAUUCUGCCUUUCAUGUUCACUGAAACCCAGCCUUUGGAAAACGUGAAAAGUGUCUCGUUUACGAUCGAACUAAAACCAUCUCAAAGGAGCAUUUAUUAAAAAUCAAUUAUUUCUACCACCAUUGAAUCUCAGUGCUGCAAUCGAGAAAUUUGCGAUACUUGGAUUUUGAACUGUCGUCGAAAUUUUUACGACCGAACCGUUUAUGCGAACAACAACAAGUGCUUCUUUUUGUCAGUGAAAUAAUUUUACAUGUGAAACUUUUACACACUUUGUUAGUGGUUGUACGACGAGAUACGUGAAUUUUAAUAUUUUGAAAAUAGAACAAUUUUUUGAAGAGCUUUUGCGUCUCUCCCACUGAAGGAACUUUGGACAUAUGAUAGACUGCAUAAUUAACAUUGUUUCUAAGAAGAUAAAGAAUAUUACAAAGUGAAAAAAAUUAUUGAAGUAACAGUGAAGAUGAUCGAUGUAAUGACAUUUAAAGAGCCUGAAAUAAUUAAUUUUUUGAUAAUUUGAAAAAUUGUAACAUGGACGUUGUGAUAAAUUCCUAUACUCAAAUGCAGAGGUGACUUUGACACAUCUCUGAGUCUGAACUUUGUCGGUUGUUGAGACUGAUAAAUAAGGUGAUCAAGUUUGUUGAUGGAAAUGAGUUCUUUUAAUGAUACCAGAGUGAUAGUACUCGUGGAUUGAGCUGUUCUUCGAAUGAUAUAAAGGACCGAUCGAUUUCAUUCAGAGACAAUCAACGUCUUAUGACGCUUCAUGAUACUUGAUAAAUUAAGAGCGUCUGGGAAACAAGGCUUCGUUUUUUGAAAAUGUGAGGACGGAAAUGUGUGAAGCUGAUUGGAAAGUGAUUUAUUUUCGAUACGAUCAAUUCGAGAAGGGAACAUGAUUAUGACACAUACAGAAGAAGCAUCGACGACUUUCGAGUCGAAGACACCGACGGACCAGAUGAAUGGACACUCAAUGGCAAACACCGAGAGUCGGGAGUCGGAAGAACAGGGUAGCAGCACGACCUCGCCCUCGGAGGGCAGGCACGCCAACGGGACAUCCGGCUCGUCCGUCCUCGUGAUGGGCAGCACGGACUCGGCGGGCAGCGCCCACAGCGGCGGCCCUUCCUGUGGCCUGGUCAGCUCCCUCUUCCCGAGCAGUUGCCGUGGACGCGCGGAAGCCUUCGCCAGACGUCUUCAUCGACGAUUGACGUCUCUCGGCAGUGAGGAUGCUUCCCAGCGAAACAAAGAUCCCACCAACCCAAAGGAGACCUCCUGGUUACGCUCUUCCUCGACAACAAAGUCGAUGGUGAACAAUGCUUCGACCAAUCACGUCCUACAACACCAGCCGCGUCACAAUCCUGACACAGAGCUGUGUUACGACUUCGAUCUAUCCGAUCUGUGUCAGGAUUUCGAAGAUGGCCUCAGUUCGCCCGCCGAAGAGGCGACGGCAGCGGAGAUGGCGGACCUGGUCGUUAAUCCCGAAGCAUUGAAAAAUCAUCGCGAUCUACGUCACGGUUCGCCAAACGACUCGAAAACUAUGUACUCCAGCUUGGAUUCCGAGUCUGGCUACGUGUACGCGUCACCUCUGAUGGAAAGAUCCCCGGACAGUGACUCGUCGGAUAUAUACUUCGAUCCAGAGUCAUCGGACGUGGAGAAAGCGAAGAACGAGGUGUACUUUGACCCCGUAACCACGUCCGACAGCGAAAUGACUACCUCGAAUCUUUCCAACGGCUGCGAGCCGACGAAGAUGAAGAACGUGUCGUAUCGCUGGAGGCCAGAGACGAAGAUGGAACAGUCGGAGGACACGUCGGAAUCCACUUCCUCGAUGCCAAGGAACAGUUUCAGCAACGAGGAAUCGCAGAACAACGAACUGAUGUGUAAUUCGAAGGACUCGAACGAGAGGAGCUCUUUGGAGACCACCUCGCUCAGUCACGAAUCUCUUUGGAGUACCUUCGACGAAAGCACAAUGUCUCUUCAGGACGAAAGUCCCUCCAGAAUCAGUUCCGGGCUAACCGCCUUUCCGAAUCGGCUUCCCAAGUCACAUUCCGAUUCUGAGAUUCCUACCCACGGACCUAGGCUAGUGAUUUCUUGCGAAUGGGACAAGGUCGAUCAAGGUGUCGACGAGGUUGAUUUCGUGAACGGGCUGUCAGAAAAUGGCAAGUUGGAGGAUAUGAAGAACGUAAGGAACCUGGAAAUGAAAGAAGAAUCCACGGAUUCCUCGGAGAACACCACCGAAGAAGAACUUCCUUAUGACGAGGAGAAACCCAGCGUCUCGGUGGUGCAGCAGAACAACCUUAGUUUGAAAGUGGAAGAAAACGCUGUCGAGACGGGGAUUGGUUCGACGUAUAGCAGUAUGAUCAAUAUUCCUGGUGCUCUAACUCUGGAGUAUCCCACGGGAGAAAGAGUGAUAGAGGCAACGGUGAAGAACGAGGUACAGUUACAAAUCGAGAACGGUUCUGUGGCGAACAGCAGCGACGAGGACAAAAUGUGUCUGCUGUUGAAGAAGCUGACGACCGACUCAACGGCAAAGGAUGACGUCCAGGAAGCUACUCAAGAACCUCAAGGAAACAUCGAGGAAGAGGAGGAAGGGGAGGAAGAGGAAGAGGUGAGACCGCAGAAGAUCAGACGGUCUUCGUCCCUAAAAACAGGAAAGACACCGCCUGGAACACCUGGAAGAAAGAAGAUCGUCAGAUUCGCGGAUGUCCUUGGUCUGGAUCUGGCUGACGUGCGAACCUUCCUCGACGAGAUCCCGAAGAUUCCCAACUCAGCCUACAGUGACCUGAUCUACGACGACAUCUUCCAGAAGGACAGCAGUCCAGUGACUAGCAUACCAAACAUUUGGGGAGACAGGUACACCGAGAGCAGACGAGAUUCCAGCUACUCGCUGCCGCCUCGCAAAAUGGACAGAACUCUGAUGCCUUUGUUCCAGCAACCUGCCGGUUUGCCUAACUUUUUGGAGACAGUCCGGGAGCGUCGGGUAUGCCUGGAGAACGUGCUCGUCCAAGAUCCUAUCUCCAUGUGCAUCCAGGGCACAGUGCGCGUGAUCAAUUUGGACUUUCACAAAUCGGUGCACAUCAGAUACACGUUGAACUCUUGGAGGAAUUUCAGCGAUCUACAAGCGAUAUACGUGCCGAACUCGUGCGACGGUUUCAGCGACAAAUUCUCGUUCGUCCUGUAUUGUCACACGCUGCCGGUCGGUCAGAGACUGGAGUUUGCGGUACGGUUCCAAUGUAAAGGUGAACAGUACUGGGAUAACAAUGCCGGGGCCAAUUACUGCUUCCAAUGUUUGCCAACCUCCUCUGCUAUCGAUUACAUACCGAUCACCGCGCAAGAGAAUCAACACCACGAAUGGUCACCGAUGUUCUACUGAUGGACGUGCAGGUCGUUGAUGUUUGCGCGGGCUGCUAUGUUUCGCGGAGGCGAAGCGGUCUAAAGUGAAGCCGAAUAUGGCUAACAAGCGACAGAGAGAGAGAGAGAGCCUACGGAUGAAUAAACGUUCCUAAAGUGUACCCUACUGUUGUACAUAACUGUUCUGAAGGAGCCGAUGGAGGAACGGGAGGUGGAAUCGGAAAGCAGGGAUAGCACUGGCGUCAAUUAUUCUUUCCUGCCAUUUCCCGACCAGCCUUUAAGUGGACUGGAAGAACUUGACGCACCUGUUAGACUGACAUUUUUUUUACACGUUUGUUGUUCCUUGUUUGCGCUCAAAUAUACAGGAUGUCCUAAAAAGAUCCUAGAAUUCAUGAGUCCUUCGUGGCAAAGCGAAUCGAAAUAUCCUUUAACAAUUUGCAGUCUGUAUUUUCAAGGUAAAAAUAAUAGAAAAUUUGCUGCUCCAGAACACAGAGUACUGCCAGAUAGGAAGAAAUCAAUUCUCAAAGCACAACAAAUUUUUAUUGUUCAAUAGUGCCUGUUAUUCUAUGUGCGUAUAAACGAAGCCACAGACUGUAAAAUGAUAAAGGAUAUUUUUUAAUUUGCUUUUCUCAACUGAGGUUGUUUUUGGGACAUUCUGUGGGUUAUUAAUAAACGCCUCGAUGCAUGAGCGGCAGACAGCUGGCUGAGGAGUAAGACGCUUCUGAUAUGCUUGUUCUUCGAGAUGAAAAUGAAGUCUGGUAUUUGAAGUGUCUUUGAAGAACCGAAGAAAGAUUGAACAGGAAUCGUUCUAAGAAGAGCAUGGAGAUUAUUUUCACGUUCCUAGAAAGUACCUAAUUGUACAGACUUCGCGACGCACCUGAGCCUAAUACGUCUGUAAGACUUACCAAUGAUGGUACAAGGUCUUGAGACGGAAGUCGAGGAACUCUGUCGUUUCGACAGGGUUGUAAUUAUGAAAAAUUUCUAUUUUAUGGAUUGAAAUGUUUGUUAAGACGCUUUUAGGAUGGUACUGCUUUUCGAGGAGGCAAAAUUGAAGGCUCACUUUAUUUUAUCUUUCUUCUUAAUUUUAACGAUAUUUUAUUUUUAAUUUUAACGAUAUCUUGUACAAAUACUCCUGAAAUAACUCGAUAAGGUUGAAAACAUAUCUUUUUAGCAAGCGUAACCACGACCAAUUUGAUCUUCUUUACAAAAGCCAUAUUUUUUUAGAAUCUACUUUUAUUUAUAGACAUUUAGUUUCGAAGUUUCUUCUUCAUCAAUCAAAACGUUCAAUUUGUGCCAAUUUGAUUCAGUGCCAUUAUACGAAUUCAUCGAGAAAAAUAUUCUUAUGAACAGUGGUGUAAUUAGGCAGGGGUCAAGAUGGACCUGGGCCCCAUAGAAAUGUGGAUUGUUCCUUCCCAAAAAAUUGUAAGAUACUAAAAUUCCAGAAUUCUAAAAUUUCACGAUAUAUGAAUACCCGAAUUUCAGAGUUUCAAUUCCCAAAAUUAAAAAAUUUUAGAUUUUCAGAAUUCCAGAGUUGCAAAAUUUCAAAAAUCUUAAGGAACCAGGCCCAGCCUAGAAGAAGGUCCAAUUUACGUCAUUGCUUCUGAAUCACUUCGAAACACAUACUAUAUCAUAUACAGAGUUUUAAAUGUGAUAAUUUAUAAUCAUGAGAUAUCGUACUGCCCUUCGGUGUGUUUUAUGCUUUUAUUAUAUUAUUUCAAAAAUUCUAAUUCUUUAUCAGAGAUUCAGCAAUUUUAUUCGCGUAUGAAACUACAUAUAUACUCGAUGUACAAAACGUUGGGGCACCAAAAAUGCGACGAAAUUUUCCUGCAAGAGUAAUGUAAUAAUAGUCCUUUAGAUUUAAAUGAUUUUACACUCGUGUACAUAGAAUCUGUUUUUCUUUUUUUUUUUUUUUAUUUCGACGUUAACUAGCUUUAUAAGAUAAUUGAUUUGAUUAAAAGGUUUAUUGUUUUUGUUGAUUAUAAAAAGAUAAUGAAAUACACGAAGGUACAUUUUCGUUUUUUAAUUUCAUUCGAAGAACUGUAUGCACGUUUCGUUCAUUUUUGUGCAACCACAUCAUCAAUGGUUUGAGUGAGUAACGAUCGAACUAUUUACAAUGAAGUGUGCGAAGUAGAACGAUGAGAACAAGACAUUAAUGUUUUGACACCUAUUCGUGUAUAAAGACUGUGAGUGAAAAACAGCAACUUUCUCUCGUCGUCGUAUAUGUUAAAUGUACAGUGCCGGAUUAACGGGAAAUCUAAGGGUUGUUGGGGGGCGGGGCUAUAGCUCCGGGUUCCACUUCACAAGGGCUUCGUCAUGAUUCAUUUAAUUUGUUAAAAAAUAUUGAAUGCAAUGUUUUUUUUAUUGCGCUGCUGUUUUUCUUUACAAUUAAAUGUUACUUAAUUUUAUUUAAAAUAAAUUUUAAUUUUUGAACCAAAUUUAUCAACAAAGGAGGGCCCUCGAAAGUUUGAUAGCCCCGGGCCCAAGAAACCUUAAUCCGAUCCUGGAUAUAUAAAAAUACGACAUGAUCAUUUGUCGAACGACAGACCACGUUAACGACCGACCAAACGAAGAAUCGUUCAAUUACGUCGUAGUACUCGAAAUCACAAGAUACUGAUAAAUAUUUCAUCCCAGAAUUAUUUUGAUAACGUUAAGCGUUGUUUUCUUAACCCUGAUUACCAGCUGGACCAAGCGGAGUCAGCAACGCUGAUAAUUGCAAUAUAAUACAGAAACGAACGAGGAUAUUAAAGAUUAUUAAUAUAUUGUUAAAGCGACGUUUAUAGAUAUAUCCAGAUAUUUUGUAACAGUUUUGAAGUACAGAGAUGUGUAUAUGCUAUUCGUAAAUUGUAUAUAAGCGGCGUCAGUAUUGGUGUCUCGAUGACGAGUCAUUUUUAUUCAUUCUUCGAGCUGUUCGAAGAUUCUUAAUUAAAUGUACAUAUUUAUAUAUUUUAUCACGGUGUUUGCAUGGUAAUCAUGUCUGUAGCUUCCUAUAUUUUCUUUUUUUAUUUUUGGUCGCUAUUAUGACCUCUUUUAUAAUUUUAUAUACUACUGUUUUAACACGUUCGCUGUCGGCGGCUCCUAUCGGAGUCAAUCGGCAGUGUUCGGCAGUGCUCGACAGUGUUCGGCAGCAUUCGACAGUGUUCGACAUCCGUCGUCAUCACACGCCGACAACGAACGUGUUAACCGUCUUGUUUUAUUUUAUAGUGUUUUAAUUUUUAUUCUGGGGCAAACUACUAUCGUUAUUUUUCAAUGUAUUAAUAACAUUAAAUACAGUAGAUAAUAUA